AUGGGAGAUGGCAUGAAGCUUAACAUAGCUAUCAUGAAGUGCUGUAAAGGAUCUUCUGUACUUGUUGUAAAAAAUGCUGUCAAAGUCUUGGGUCCGAGAGCAGUGUUUGCUGUGGGUUCUUGUAGCGGCUUAGACUGUAAAAACGUUAAAGUUGGAGACGUAGUAGUUUUAGAUAAGCUAAUAACAUAUGGUCCUUCCAAAGUCACGGAGAAUGGUAUUGAAGAACUUGGUGUUAAAGUUCCAUUGAAGCCUCGUCUUUCAAAAUUGACAACAGCUGCUGGUGAUGGCUGGAAGCCUCCUUUGAAAGAUACAGAAGCACUCGAGGUGAAGAUACAUCGCGGCGCCUUUUUGAGUGGACAAGAAGUGGUUGAUAGUCCUGAGCGAUGUCGCGCCCUCAUCAAACGAUUUCGAGGAGCAGUUGCUAUAGAAGGAGAGGGUGAAGGUACGUCUCUUGUCCGGAGUUCAGUUAGUGUAUUUGAAAAAUAGCUUUCUGUUAUUAGAGAACAGUUUCUUAGGACACACCCAGCUACAUCUCUGUAAAUUAGAUUUCUCAACAAUCUAAACGUUGCUAUCAUGACACACUGAUCACUAUAUUUUCUCGCCCCGGCGUUUUUUUUCUUUUUUUGUCAAAUUUGACUCGGUGGACCCGGCAUUUGUUGAAUUUACAGACGAUAAGGACAGGUGUUUUUUCAAGAAAGUGCUUUUUAUUCCUUUUUCCUGACAGCUGGCUACCUAGCCUCUAAAUCUUUGGUUUAUUCAGUAUUACACCACAAAUAACGGUCUGAGGGUCUCACUUUUUUAAAGACCCGCUGUUUAAUCGAGAAAAUACGGCAUUGGGUUCUAUGACGUCCGUUCCUUCUGUAGAUUCAUGUUCUCAAAACAAGGUGUCAAGUUCUGUUCACUGUCUCCUUUCCUGACCUGGCUCUUUCCACCGGCGUCUACAUGAGUCAGCUCCUAACUGCACUUCUCUCCGUUUCCCAAAAAAUUCAUAUUUAGGUGUGUAUGCAGCAGCGCAUGACCUAGACAUUGAGUGGAUUGUAAUUAAAGGAAUUUCAAACUUCGCGGAUGGCAGAAAAAUUAAGGGUUCUUGGAGAACAUUCGCAAGUCUAAUGGCAGCUUCCCUUACAGCUCAUAUUCUCAGUGACACCAUCGUAUUUCAUGACUUUCCACACUAUGGACGUUCAAGUGAGUAUUGGACAUUCAGGAAAUGUUCAUGUUCUAUCUUUCCAUGCCAUCUCCAGUUCUUUUAAUAAGGGGUCCGGCACCGUUUGGAAAUCUCUUCCUUUUCAGCAUUAAUGGUGGUUAUGACCGUCAUCUUUCACAAGUGUCUCGUAGCACUGCAGCCAGAUUGGGAGUAAAGAUCUAGUAAUGAAUUUUAACCUACAUUGCAGAAAGGCAGCUUCGUCGGUACUUAAAUCUUGUCAUACGAAAACCGCCCUGAACGCCUUGUCGAGGCAGCGGCUCGAGUGUGAUAAAUGACGCUCAUAAUCACAGCUGAUGCAGAAGGAACAGAAUUUCAAUGUGCAAUGGGCCCUUUAUUGUUUUUUCAGUCGCGAUCUCUGGACUGAGAUUGGCUACUGAUUCCGGCAUUUCUGUUUGUAUCGAAAUACAGUGGACUCCUGAUGACUCGAACCUUAAAGGGAAAUCGAAAACAGUUCGAGUUAUCGGGAGUUCGAAGCUAAAAAAACAGAAGUAAAGAAAUGGUUGGGGGAGGAAUGCAAGUAUCGUAUAUACUUCACUUGAAGGGAAGUAAGAGAUUUAUUGAUAUUUUGAAAAAGGAAUUUAGCAACAAAGCCUUGAUAAAUCAGUACAGCCGGCGCCCUAAACAUUGUAUUUGAAUUGGACUGACAAAAAAGUAAAGAAUCUCCAAGUCAAGAGAAAGAGAGAAAUUCAAUGUUUUGGUCUGCAGUUCACUUCGUUUUUUUCGAAUUUUCACUUCCUUGAAAUAUGUUUUGAGUUAUCGAGGGUAAAAUUGUUUAGAAAUGAUCUGAAGGAAAACAAAAAUUGCUUCGAGUUAGCGGGAGGUUUGAGUUAAUGGCAUUUUUUCUGGACCUCGUAGUGGUUCUUUCUCAAUGAGUGUUGCAGUCCUUCCUGCAAAGUUUGUAAAUAAAUAAGUAAACAGUGAAAAAUUGUAUAAGUUGCUGCAACUACUCCGAAUUAAUAGGGCGUCGUGUGUAAUUCCAUUGCAUAUAACAGAAGUUAGUUAUUGCUUGUCCUCAAUAGGUAAAGAAAAGAACGGGGAAGACAAUUCCGGCAUGAAGAGCUGUAACCAAGUGAGACAGCAAGAGAGUGAUACCCAACCAUCUCUAGGUGAGGAUCAGCAGUUGAAAUGGUUUAUAUUUGUUGCAAAUACAACCAUAAUUUAUUCAUGUGAGGGAGGGUCGAAAAACUUUGUCAAUCUUGGAACGUUUCUCAUUUUUCCACGUCAGAAGUGUGGUAGAUGUCGAAAACAAAAACCACAGUGCAUGAAGAAAAACUGAACGUAAGGGGGAAUAUCAGUUUGACUGAAGAUACAGUGUCAUAAAAGAUGUUUGUCAUCCUUCCUAUGCGAUAAUCAGAUUUGGUUGCUGUUUUUGGAUGCCAGAGGUAAUAAAAUAGAGAGGCAUAAAAACUUGUUUACUUGCAUUGAACCUGUACGACAAUUGCAUUUUUUAGAUUCAAAGUGAAUAUUGUUGCUCCUUUCAUUCGCAGGUGGGGUCAUUUACGAUGCCCUUCGACAAAUAUGCAAGAUGGAAGCAAAAGGAAAUGCCGGCAAAACUGAUCCUUCGCUGAAU